CCAAGUGAGGCAAUGGGUGGAGUAAAGUUGUCGCCAAGCCUUAUAAAUGACCUCCGAGGCUCCGGGCGCCUUCAUCCAGAGGACCGGUCCUCUCUCAGCACGAUGCCAGGCGAGCCCGCGCCCAUUAAGAAGUCCCCCAAUAAGAAGGCGGCCGAGAAGGCACCAGAGGCCGAGCCCGCUCCGGUGGAGACCCCCGCCGAGCCCGCUACGGUGGAGACCCCCGCCGAGGCCGCCGCGGUGGAGGACGGUUCCGCUACGGAUGAAAGUGCUCCAGCAGCUGCCGAAGGCCCCGUCGCGACGGGCGCUCCUGCAGACGCAAGAGCUGCUGCUCCCGUCGAAGAGCCGCCCAAGGACCCAACGCCGCCGCCUCCCGCAGUUCCCACCAGCGCUCCGCUGGAAGUAUCUGUGGAAGACGUGAACGAUGAGAGCCUCACCGUCAAGUGGAAGACGCCAGAGACCGUCGGAGAAUCUGGCUUGGAUGGGUACACCGUCGAGUACUGCAAAGAUGGAACUACGGACUGGGUGGCGCCAAACGGGGAGCUGACCCCGGCUAACCGCUACCGCAUCAAGGAUCUGACCCCAGGCGACCUUCUGCUUGUGCGCGUGGUGGCCGUAAACUCCGCCGGCCGCAGUCAGCCGGGCACGCUCGCCCAGGCCGUGCCAAUCCGUGAGGUGGCCGACCGUCCGAAGAUCAAAAUUCCUCGCAACCUACGCACGCGCUUUGUCAAGCAAGUUGGCGAGCAAAUCAACCUGGUCAUCCCGUUCCUCGGCAAGCCCAAACCGUUGGUGUCCUGGCUGAAGGACGGCCAGCCUUUGGACCCAAAGAGGGUCAACAUCAGGAAUAGUGACAAAGACAGCAUCCUGUUCAUCCGCGGCGCUCAGAGGGAGGACUCGGGUGUUUAUGAGUUGACUGUUAAGGUGGACUGCUUUGAAGACAAAGCCAACAUCACCCUUCAAAUCGUCGAGUUGCCGGGUCCUCCUUGCAGUGCAAAACUGGUGGACUGCUGGGGCUUCAACGCCGCGCUGGAGUGGAUGCCACCCGAGGACAACGGCAACACAGAGAUCACCGGCUACAUUGUCCAGAAGGCCGACAAGAAGACCGGGGUAUCGGCUCACCGUCAAGACGCGGUCAUCGUCGCGACUUUCGAUUCUGGUGUCACUGCCGUUCGUCCGUUCUCGCAGGAAUGGUUCACCGUGCUGGAACACUACCACAGGCUCAGCGCCACCAUCUCGGACCUCAUCAUGGGAAACUCGUACGCCUUCCGAGUGUUUUCUGUCAACAAAGUGGGCGUCAGUGAGAAAAGCGCCGUCACCAAGGAUGUGGCCACAAUCCAGAAGACGGGCAUCAUCUACAAGCCGCCCGAGUACCAGGAGCACGACUUCAGCGAGGCGCCCAAAUUCACCACGCCGCUCAGCAACCGGGCCGCUACUGUCGGCUACACCACCAAGCUGCUGUGCUCCGUUCGCGGAAGUCCCAAGCCAAAGAUCGAAUGGCUGAAGAACCAGAUGGUCAUCGGUGACGACCCCAAGUUUCGUCAGCUCUCCAACCAGGGCAUUUGCUCCCUGGAGAUCCGCAAGCCGUGCUGCUUUGACGGCGGCGUGUACACGUGCAGAGCCAAGAACGCGCAAGGGGAGGCCACCGUCUCCUGCAAACUGGAGGUCAAACAGGUUCUUCUUUCCGAGACUGAAAAGAGCAAAUAAAGCGACAUUUCAACCUUCAGAGGGCGCUGAGAAAGGACAGAGUUGCAGCAUUUUGUACAUAAUUAAGAGUCAGCCUCCAACAAGGUCGCACACCAUCACAGUCCCACGUUUGCUACAUGUUGAAGGUUCACCCAGUUCGUCUCGUGUCAGGCUGAACGAUUCUUCUGCCAUUUGUAGUUUGUUCUAUAUUGUAGUUUACCACUCAAUAAAAUGCAUCUGAUUUUGCAAAGACGGUAGGAUGCGAAAUAAACAUUGUAUUUUCUGA